AAGAAAUGAACAUAAUACACCCCGAGUUUAUAGCAAAAAUAAGAUAUCAGUAGGCCUAAGGCUGCUAUGUCGGAUACACCUCCGAAAAGGAAACGUGCCCGAAGGUCAGAUGCGUUGGACUUGACAGAAGAGGAGAGGAAAGAGCGGAAACGGGGCCUCGACGCACGUUACAGACACAAACAAGCUUCCAUUCGCAGAACAUCUGUAAACAUCGAAAGCCAGAUGUCAAGAUGGCUAGAAUUUAAAACUUUGCACAGGGUUACUGAUGACGAGGAAGUUGCUAAAAUGCUUCUUGAUCAUCAUGAAAGGAUAGAUGUGAAAGUGAAAGUGGAGUCUGUGGAUGACAGAUACAAUAGUCAUGAUGUUAAUGCUUGUUCAUCUGGGAAUCAUGGUGAUGAAUCAUGUUUUUCCAGAAAUCAUGAUGAUGAUGGUUCUUCCUCUGAAUCUGGUGGUUUGGUCAUGAAGUUGGUAACUGAUGAUGCUCAAGACACUGUUGUAGUUUACAAAAAUAUUGAUUGAGAGAGAAAACAGAGUAAUUAUCUUCAAGGCCUUGAGUAUAGAUGAUCAUAAUGAAGCUCCAGAUUCUACAAUACUACUGUGAGUCAUGUCAACAGCCUGACAUUAACAGCCCACAAUCAGCCUCAUAGUAUACAGUUUCUGAAACAUGCUCAUUGAAACUCAAGUCAGAUCUUCAGCAUGAUUUAUUACAACUAGGAAGACCAUACCUGUCAGAUUUGGGG